UGUUAGAGGAAUGAGAGUUGUGAGACCCCAGCUGCACGAACAGAGGUCAGGGGUCUUUAAUGUCAUGACUGUGGAACACUCCUCUCACAACAUGUGCUCAUGCUAUGAAACCGGACCACCAUCUACCUACUCAAGGUCUUAUGAGAUGGCCGGAUCUAAGAUACAAGGUUACACAGAAAUUGUUUAAAAUCUCCCUUUUUGUUUUGACUUUUGCUUUACCCUGACCUGGCGUGUAACCAGGCACGGCUGACUAUAAGAGAACCAGUGAGAGUUGAUCAAGAACUCAGACCAUCAGGAGAAGCCGGUAGCAGGGAGUCUGGGUUGUUGCUUCAGUUUCAGAGUGUGAGUGUAUCGCGUCCGUCCGUUUGAGAGAUUGACCAUUUUAAUCACCUCGGAAGCAACAGUGUUUCUUCAGUUCAGCAGCUGGUCGUGGAGUGUGUGUGUGUGCGUGUCAUUGCGUCAGUGUGUCUACCAUGUGUGUGUGAUGGAUCUGUUGUCGCCUGUGUGUGGACGUGUGAUGGCGGUGGUGUGCUUGGACACCGUCAUAGCCGACCUGUUGGUGUCCGAGUCACGGAACGCCACAGCCACCAGGUCAGAGGGCAUCUCCCUGGCAACGGGGUCCCUCCUCCUGCUCCUCUGUCUGCUGCUGGCUGCCUGGCGUCACACAGACAACAACUCUGUCCCAGGUCCUUUUUUCUGUCUGGGUGUGGGUCCUCUCCUCUCAUACCUCAGGUUUAUAUGGACAGGUAUUGGCACUGCCAGUAACUAUUACAACAGUAAAUAUGGAGACAUCGUCAGGGUCUGGAUCAACGGAGAGGAGACAUUCAUACUCAGCAGUUCCUCUGCAGUGCAUCAUGUUCUGAGACAGGGGCGUUACACCUCUCGGUUCGGCAGUAAACAGGGUCUGAGCUGUAUUGGCAUGGAUGAGAGAGGCAUCAUCUUCAACAGCAACAUAGCUCUAUGGAAGAAGACCCGCACCUACUUCGCUAAAGCUCUGACAGGACCUGGGCUGCAGAAGACAGUAGACGUGUGUGUCUCGUCCACACAGACUCACCUGGACGCUCUCCAGGGGCCGGACGGACUGAUGGGUGGACAGGUGGACGUCCUGAGUCUACUAAGGUGUACAGUAGUGGACAUCUCUAACAGACUGUUCCUAGGGGUGCCUCUCAACGAGAAGGAGCUGCUGCAGAAGAUUCAGAAGUACUUUGACACGUGGCAGACAGUGCUGAUCAAACCAGAUGUCUACUUCAAGUUGGACUGGAUCCAGCAGAAACACAGGAGAGCAGCUCAGGAGCUGCAGGAUGCUAUAGAGAGUCUGGUCGACCAGAAGAGAAGAGGUCUACAGGAAGCUGACAAACUGGACCACAUCAACUUCACUGCAGACCUCAUCUUUGCACAGAGCCAUGGGGAGCUGUCAGCUGAGAAUGUGAGGCAGUGUGUAUUGGAGAUGGUGAUAGCAGCUCCGGACACUCUGUCUAUCAGUCUGUUCUUCAUGCUGCUGCUUCUCAAACAGAACCCUGACGUAGAACUACAGCUCCUAGAAGAGAUAGACACUGUUAUAGGUGAUAGGGAGCUCCACAACUCUGACCUGCAGAACCUAAGGGUCCUAGAGAGCUUCAUCAAUGAGUCCUUAAGGUUCCAUCCUGUGGUGGACUUUACCAUGCGCCGGGCACUGUCUGAUGAUGUCAUCAGUGGCUACCGGGUGCCAAAGGGGACAAACAUCAUUCUGAACAUGGGACGCAUGCACAGAUCAGAGUUCUUCCUCAAGCCCAAUGAGUUCAGUCUGGACAACUUUGAGAAAAAUAUACCUAAUCGUUUCUUCCAGCCUUUCGGAUCCGGUCCUCGAUCCUGCGUUGGCAAGCACAUUGCCAUGGUGAUGAUGAAAUCCAUCCUGGUUACGCUUUUGUCACGGUACUCUGUGUGUCCUCAUGAGGGCCUGACCCUAGAUCGCCUCCCACAGACCAACAACCUAUCACAGCAGCCCGUGGAGGAGGAGGGGGAGCCUCACACCAUGAAGUUCCUCCCAAGACACCAAGCCAGGAAGCAGUCUUAGAGCAGGGCUCAGACACUGGUAUAUCCCAAAUGACAACCUAUUCCCUAUGUAGUGCAAUACCUUUCACCAGGGCUCACAGGGCUCUGGUCAAAAGUAGUGCACUAUGUAGGAAAUGGGGUGGUAUUUGGGACAAAGAUUGUAUUUUAGGGCUAAUCUUAAAAUAAUACUUACUUCCCACAUAUGUAAUAUGUCAGUAUUUGAUUCAUAUUUGUAUGUUUUUUUAAUUUGUACUACAAGUUAUUUUGUGACUUUUUCUAUGAUAAUAAGUUAUGUUCCAGGAGGACAUGUCUUUGUAGCCAAUGGUAUCUGUAAUAAGAAACGCUUGUUGUUGAUUCACACACACCAUUAUAAUUAUAGAAUCUGAACUGUACAUUAACACUUUUAAAACUAAAUGACGCUGAAGUGAAAAUAAAUUGUAUAUAUUGUUUUAUU